AUGGCGUCUUCCCUAGCCAUGGCCGAAUAUGGCACCUCCUCUUCGACCGACUCGCGUUCACGACGCCGAUCUUCGAAGAUUGCAGCAUUUUCCAAGGACAAGGAAGAGCCAUUGCCGCGAAGCUCGAACUCAACGGACCCUGCCGAAGAUGUUCUCGAAGCGUUGGGAUACACGCCACAACUCGCUCGUUCGCGAUCGACAUGGGCGGUGACGUUCAUGUCGUUCGUGCUGGCGUCCGUUCCUUAUGGAAUUUCAACAACGUUGAUAUACCCGCUCACAAACGGAGGGCCGGCCACAAUGAUUUGGGGUUGGGUUCUGGUCUGCAUGUUUAUGAUUUGUGUCGCUGCUUCGCUCGGAGAAAUCACUUCGGUAUGUCUACUGCAGGCUUUGUUCGCGUGUUUUCGGUCAAAAUGUUGCGGUGCUUUCGUAUUACUUGGGGUGGAAAGCUGUGCCGGCUGGUGUCUGGUAGACAAGGUGCAUGUGGACUUACAUUGUGCAGGUCUACCCAGUUUCGGGCGGUGUGUACUACCAGACGUACAUGCUGGCUCCCCCAUGGUGUCGUAAACUCACAGCUUGGUUGACCGGCUGGGCUUUUGUCCUCGGCAACAUCAUCAUCACGUUGUCAGUCAACUUUGCGACCGCCCUCUUCCUCAUCGGAUGCAUCAAUAUCUUUACGGACGCCGAUGGAGUAAGCAUCUUCCCAGCGACAGCGUGGCAGACAUACCUCAUCUUUGUUGCAGUGACGUUGAUCUGCACGGCCGUCUCGACUUUCGGCAACAGAUGGCUUCCACUGCUCGAUACCGGUGCGGUCAUUAUGACUUUUGUCGGCGUCCUUGCAAUCAUCUGCACCAUUCUUGCAGUCGCAAAAGAAGGAAGAAACAGUGCCGCCUACGCUUUCGGUGGUUUCGAAGUGUCCUCUGGCUGGAGCCCGCCAGGAUGGGCGUUCUGCAUUGGUCUGCUACACGCAGCAUACGCUACAUCUGCCACUGGGAUGGUCGUUUCCAUGUGCGAAGAAGUCCAGAAGCCGGCUACGCAGGUCCCCAAAGCGCUUGUCGGUGCCAUCGUGUUGAACAUGAUCUGCGGGAUAAUCUUCCUGGUCCCGAUCUGCUUCGUGCUCAAGGACAUCGCAGCCGUGGUCGCGGACCAAUCUGGUCAACCGGUACCUGCCAUCAUUCGUUCCGCGGUCGGUAGUGAAGUUGGUGCAUUCAUCCUCUGUGUUCCGUUGAUCAUGCUCGGAUUCUUCUGCGGAAUUGGUUGCUGCACUGCUGCUUCUCGUUGCACGUGGGCCUUUGCAAGGUAACUCUCCGUCAUACGUGGAUUCGGUCUGACGCAUUUGCUGACACCCGGCACAGAGAUGGCGCGCUUCCAGGCUCGCGCAGGCUCGGAUUCGACCGGGUCAACGACAAGACGGGCAUUCCUCUCAACUCCAUGCUGCUUAGCACAGCCAUCCAGGUGGUUCUUGGGGUGAUUUACGUUGGAAACUCAGCCGCCUUCAACGCUUUCAACAGCUCUGGCGUGAUCUUCUUGACGCUGAGUUACGUGACUCCGGUGGCAAUCUCGCUCUUCUCGGGCCGCAAGUCCAUAAAGCAGGGCAAAUUUGAUCUAGGAUGGGUCGGUGCCUUCUGCAACGUCGUGUCCAUUGGUAAGCCAGAACCUGAUAGAAGUCCAUGAAGGGGAUGUGCUAAUAUUCUCCAAGGCUGGUGCUUAUUUGCCAUUCCGCUCUUCUCGAUGCCUUCGGCCUUGCCGGUCGAUGCUGAGUCGAUGAACUACUGUUCGGUUGUCUUUGUGGGCGGUCUUACGAUAUCUUUCGUGUGGUACUAUGCAGGGGGCAGGAAGAACUACAACGGUCCUACGAUGGAUGACGCUGAGGGCGGUGCGCCGCCGAGGAUAUGA